UCUCUCCUUGGGUUAAAAUGACAUAAGGGAGGGAGAGGAAGGGAGAGGCAGAAAGAAAUUUCGAAUUUGAAGCCAAAAAGAAGAGAUUGAAAAUUAACUUACCGCUGGUUCUCUAGCAGGUUUGCAAAAACAAAAACGCCAGAUCUUUUAAGUUCUCACUGUAAAUCCUUAAUCUUGAAAGCCAUCUUUAUAACCCUACCCUUGGUUCGACAUCAGGGUGGAAAAACUGCGACACACGCACCAGGCACUAAGCGUGGCGGAGGAAGAUGCCAAGACGCAGGAAGCCUCACCCAGGAGCCGACAAGCCGACUCCUCAGCGGCAGGGAGAGCUGAACACAAGCACUUCCGGCGGAGCUUGACUGCCGUGCGCAUGCGCUUCCAGGUAGCACGUGGUUACAGGCACAGCUUAUCUGCCGGCCUCGAGCGAGGUAACGUGCGAUACUCCGCAGGAAUUGCUGUACUACAGCGCGAUGGCGUCUCGCUAUGACCGGGCGAUCACAGUCUUCUCCCCUGAUGGACACCUGUUCCAAGUGGAAUAUGCCCAGGAAGCCGUGAAGAAAGGGUCCACAGCGGUUGCAAUUCGAGGUACUGAUAUAGUUGUGCUCGGGGUUGAAAAAAAAUCCGUUGCCAAGCUUCAAGAUGAAAGAACUGUGAGAAAAAUUUGUGCCCUUGAUGACCAUGUCUGCAUGGCUUUUGCAGGACUGACUGCUGAUGCAAGAGUAGUAAUAAAUAGGGCCCGUGUGGAGUGCCAGAGUCAUAAGCUUACUGUUGAGGACCCAGUCACUGUAGAAUAUAUAACUCGCUUCAUAGCAACCUUAAAGCAGAAAUAUACUCAGAGCAAUGGACGAAGACCUUUUGGUAUUUCUGCCUUAAUUGUAGGUUUUGAUGAUGAUGGUAUCCCAAGAUUAUAUCAGACUGAUCCCUCUGGUACUUACCAUGCUUGGAAGGCAAAUGCAAUAGGUCGAAGUGCUAAAACUGUCCGAGAAUUUCUAGAAAAGAAUUACACAGAAGAUGCUAUAGCCAACGACAAUGAAGCUAUCAAAUUAGCAAUAAGAGCAUUGCUGGAAGUUGUCCAGUCUGGUGGAAAAAACAUCGAACUUGCUAUAAUAAGAAGAAACCAACCUUUGAAAAUGUUUAGUGCCAAAGAAAUUGAAUUACAAGUAAAUGAAAUAGAAAAGGAAAAGGAAGAAGCAGAGAAGAAAAAAUCAAAGAAGACUGCCUAAUUCUUAGGAUAAACAAUGAGAGCUUUUUAAUGUUUUGUUGCACUCCUUAGAAUUAUUUAGUGAAAUUUUAAAGGAAGUAAGUUAAUUGCAGCAUUACAUUGAGUAGUUCCAUAUAGAGAAUGCCAAAUUUGUGGCUAUCUUCAGUCAAUGUGAAUGGGCAAACAUACAUUAAUAUGAAGAUUUUCUUUGAAAGGAGAGUUUAGUAAUUGUUGAAAGCAUCCAUGAUUUUACAUAAGCCUGAGACUAUUCUUUAUAAUUUGCUCAGUAUGUUACUUUUUUCAUAUAUACACAUUUAAUAAAAAAUUUUAGUUAAUAAUUUGGUGCCAUUUGAGCAUUGAGUGUCAAGUAGAGAUAGCUAUUCCAAAAUAAACUGCAUGUAAUAUUGAGUUGGA